AUGUGUGCAUACGACCCUUGGGACUACAACUGGGAGGGCAACCGCUUUAGACACAAAGGGGUCCAAUACGUGAUUGAGGAGCAGCUUACCGAGGAAGAAAACGUUGAACUGGCACAGAGGCAUGUCUUGACUCUAGCACAUGAAAUAGAAAGUGGACGCCAAUUCAUGCUAAAGCUGAGUUACGACCUGGAUCCUGAGGAGUUCGACAUUGAAGACGAGGACGAGCACGAAGAAAUGGUUUGCGAUUACUCGGGAUUUGAAGCAGACUUGGUCAAUUUUCUGCACGGAAUUGGCCACGAACCAAAACUUUUGGAUGCCUAUGGCUAUCUACAAGGAGAAAACCACCCAUACGAGAGCGGUGCUAUCUACUUCAUUGCAAUGGAGUGUGUUCCUGGAGAGAACGUUGAUGAGAUUAGAGACGAGCUUACAAAAGAGGAGCUUCAAAGUAUUAGGAGGCAACUUGCUUACAUUUUGAAUGAGAUGGCGAAGAUUAAUAGAUGCUUCGCGAAUGAAGACCCAGCGUGCUUGCGAUAUGACAGAAGGGCCGACAAACUGUACGUCGUCGACCUUACGCAUUGA